AUGGUGGACGAUCUAUCAGCGGAAAGUUUCCUAACUGCAUUAAGAAGAUUUGUUGCGCGACGCGGCUAUCCCGAACUCAUUCUUUCGGACAAUGCCACCCAAUUUCAGGCAGUUUUUCAAGCCAUAAAAACGCAAGAAUCACAACUCUCUAAUUUCCUUGCUGAGAAAGGAAUCAAAUGUAAGACUAUAACACAGAGCACCAUGGAGCGACGGAAUCUACGAAAGAUUAAUCGGCUAACAAAAAGGAGUUUAAGAAGAGCUAUCGGUAGACGACUGCUUAAGGAAGGGGAACUAAUCACACUGAUUAUCGAAGUGGAAAGCAUUCUUAAUACUCGCCCCUUAACUUACGUAAAUUUCGACGACUCAAUUAUUUUGCGACCAAUAGACUUCAUCAUUCCCAAUGCUUCUUUGUCUAUACUGAAUAGCAAUAACGACAGAGAAGACGAAUUCUCACCUUAUAGUCUAACCACACAAAAAGGUUACUUCAGCACUGGUCGAAUACCCUAG